AUGGUUAAGUGUGAGGUUUGUGGUGAUAAAGAAGCACUUUAUAGAUGUCCAAAAUCAUCGGUUAGGUAUUGUUCGUUAGUUUGUUACAAGAACAUAAAGAAGUCAGAAUCAGAUAAUGUAGAAAGUAAUAAGACUGAUCCAGAAUCUAACAGUACUACCGUGAAGGAAGCCGAUGAUACCGUCUCAGUUCCUGGAUCUCAAACUGAUUCAGUCGAGUCGGUGCCUACUCCGCUUAAUAAAUAUCAAUACGCUUUGACUGACAGCCGUAUCCGUGAGUUGUUAAGACACAAUACAGUUAAAUUCCACUUGGAUAAAGUUUACAAGAUUCUUAACGUCAGUACUGUCGGCGGGUCAUCGGAUGCUUCCAUGACUUCGGAUAUGAAGCGUGAACUUGCCACGGAUUAUCUCAAUACAUUAAGGACGGGUGGAAUUCAUUGUAAUGAGGCAAUUGAAGAGUUUUGUCAGAUAUUCUUAGAAUUACUGCGAGAACAUAUCUAG